AUGCCACCAACGAAAACUUCUUCCCGGAAAUCCCGCCACCAGCCCCGCCGCCGCGCAACGUCGUCUGACUCGGAGUCUGAGGUGCGCAGAGCCCAUUCGAGUUCAUCCGAGUCGGAGCCAGACACCAUCUCCACCGAUGACGAAGACACACCCGACACCCCAGCACCCGCCCUCUCUCCACGCGCCAAAAAACCAAAAGAUCCGAUUAUCCCAGACCAGCCCACUAGCUGGUCUGACCUCGUUGACCAAGCCGAUGGUGCCGAGCCUCCUAUCAUCGACUUUGCCGAUUUCGUCCAGAACGGUGUCGACCAUCCAGUCACCCUCUGGGCCCUCUCACCACUCCUCUGGCCGAGCACGGGGCAGGGGCGGUAA